AUGGUCAACCCCAUUCCAUCUAGAAGUCAAGAAAAAGAAAAAACUAAUGAUCCCCCUACCAUCCAGAUAAAUGACGACGAAUACACGACGACAAUCUCAGAAACCUACAAUCACAUCAUCAACGAGCUUUUUCCAGAAGACAACGAAACCACAGAUCACCAAAUUCACAGAGUAUGUAGGAUCGUCACAGGAAGUGGCGGCCGACCGAGCAAGUUCGUCAGCUCGCUCGUUGCCGAAGACACCACAGUGUCCUCUAACCCAGAUCACACCAUUAUCCAUGAAUGGUGCAAUGAGGUAAAGCUUUCUAUCAAUCAUACCAAAUGUACCGCUAUCGUUUUUCCAAAGGGUAACCCACUCAAGAAAGGGCCCAGCAUCAAAAUAAGCGGUAAAAAGAUCCAAAACUCAACUGCAGUCAAGUAUCUAGGGAUUAUCCUCGACCAUCGGCUAAACUGGACCGACCACGUACAUCACAUCUACGAAAAGGCUACCAAAGUAGCCCAAGCGCUCAAAACGAUAAGCAGAAAUAAAUGGGGCUAUGGUCCCUCGGCGAGCAGGAUUCUCUACACCGCGGUUGUUGAGCCCAUUAUUACGUACGGGGCAGAGAUCUGGGGCUCAUCGGCUACGAGGGUCCACAUCAAACGUAAGCUUCUCUCCAUCCAAAGGCUGUCGGCCAUAAACAUUGCCAAAGCCUACAAGACAGCCCCUACAGAGGCCCUUCUUGUCCUCAACAACACUCUCCCUAUUGACCUUAAGAUCAGAGAAGCAAAUAUAAGAUAUAAUUUGCACAAGUUAGCUAAAGGGGAGAUAAAUCUUGAGACCUUCAGCACCGCUACUUGCAAAGAGACUUACAACAAUGAAAUUAACCAAAUUGCGAUGCACGUCACCACCUACGGCCUUGACAAACACAAGGACCUGCAGUACAUCCACCCAAGCUUCACCAGCAUUCAAAGUUCAAUACACGAUCCAAUAGAUAAACACUCAAUCAGCAUUUUCACCGACGGAUCGAAAUCCGAGCUCGGCGUUGGCUGUGCAUUCACAGUCUAUAAGGGAACCCAGUGUCUCUACCAGAGGUGCAAGAAAUUAGCACCUCACUGCACGAUCAAUCACGCCGAGUCUCUGGCUAUCCUGGAAGCCAUUACCUGGAUUACAAACAACCACAAUACAGUGAAUCAACACAACUACCAGAUCUUCAGCGACAGUCGAGUCGGCAUACACCAAAUAGCCAAGUGCAACACCAAUCUCCCUAUCAUAAGAGACACCGUCAAUAGUAUCCGUGCCCUCAGGAACAGAGGCAUUAACAUAGACUUCCACUGGGUCAAAGGGCACUCAGGGGUUGCGGAUAAUGAUAGAGCGGACCUUCUUGCCUCCAAAGCACCAACUUUAGCAACUAAUAUCUCCUACAAUAGAAUUAGCAUCACCCAUCUCAACAAUCUGUUGCACGAUAUUAUUCUCAAAACUUGGAAAUCCAGAUGGGAUAAUGGCAAUACAGGCAGGCUCACCCACCGCUACCUCCCUUCUCCUUCGGACUGUCCUAAAUGGAAUUUCAAUACCACCUUCCAGCUAACACAACUGUUAACGGAGAUGGUAACUUUAAUUCUUACUUGCUGA